ACAGAGUAUGUAGAGUCUGAAAUAGUAGCAUUUGUAUUAUUCUGCGUUUACACUCUACCACUUCCAACACUUUAAACUCCAUUUCUUAAAAUAUCAUUCACAAACAAAGAAGAUAACCUCUCGGUAACUGUGCUUUAACCCAACUACAUUCUUCCUCCUUUUCAUUUCCAUGGCUUCUCACUUCUUUUUUCUCUGACAGCUUCAUUAUACAGUUUAGCAUUAAGGUUUUGUGGGUCAGAGAGCAUUGAAGUAGAGAAGUGAAAAAACUCAGAGUAGAUAUAUACAUAUACCACCAUUUUUCACUUUAAGGGUAGUUAAAAAAACUAUGCAGACUCCAAAAGGAAGCAGAAGUGGCUCCUCAGAAGCACCACAAAAGGUCCGUCCUCGAGCCGUGCGCCAACUUAAAACAACAGGACUAGAGUCUGACUCUGCAUCUUCAUCAAGUCAAACUAGAACACCAAAAGAGAGAGGUCCUACUGUUAUUGACCGUCGGUCACCCAGAAGCCCAGUGAUUGAGAAGAAGCGACCAAGCAGAAUAUCUGAAUUGGAAUCUCAGGUUUCUCAGCUACAGGAGGAACUUAAAAAGUCCAAGGACCAGGUAAGUCUGUCAGAAUCACGUAAGAAUGAGGCUGCAGAAGACGCUGAACAGUCCAAGAAACAACUGUUAGACAUAUCAUCGAAGCUAGAAGAGUCACAAAAGCAGCUUCUUGAAUUUUCUUCUUCUGAGGAGGCCCGUGUUGUGGAAUUUCAGAAGGUCUCACAAGAACGGGACCAAGCAUUGCAGUCAGAACUUGAGGCUACCAAACAGCAACACUCAGUUGACUCAGCUGCCUUAGCCUCUGCCUUGAAUGAAAUUCAACAGCUCAAGAUUCAGCUUGAGAUGGUAGCUGAAUCCGGGGAUGGUCAAAACACGCACUCGCAACCAGUAGAUGUGGAACUCCAGAUUUUGAGAGCGAAUCUAAAGGACACUCUUUCUCUUGUGGAGAACAUGAAAAGCCAGCUAAGGGAUAGCAAAGACUCGGAAGCGCAGGCCCAAGCAUUGGCUAGUGAAACUCUACUGCAAUUGGAAACUGCUAAAAGUUCCGUUGAGGCACUCAGAUCAGACGGCUCAAAAGCUAUUGAAGCUUAUAACUGCAUUGCUUCAGAGUUAGACCAGUCAAGGGCUCGUGUGAAAUCGUUGGAAGAACUUGUUCGCAAACUUGAAGCAGACUUAUGUAAUGCUAACACCAUCAUUUCUGUAGAUUCUGCAAAUGAUCGUAUGACUGAGAAGGCCGUUAUUGAAAAUGAACGGUUACAAGAAGCAAACCAGCUUGAAGCAGAGGUUUGUUUUUUGCGGUCUGAAGUGGAACGAUUGAGAUUUGCUCUUGAAGCUGCUGAGACCAAAUGCAAUGAAGAACAAAUCAACAGCACAGUUCAGAUUAGAAGUGCUUGUGAGCUGGUGGAACAGAUGAAAUCUGGAUCUUUUCUCAGAGAGACUGAGCUGGAGGCAGAACUGAAGCAGGCAAAAGCCGAUAUUGAUGAAUUGAAGGCUGACCUUAUGGACAAGGAAACUGAACUGCAAGGAAUAUCUGAGGAGAACGAAGGGUUGAACAUGAAACUUAAGAACAGAUUAUCUCGCCAAGGAGAUUCUGAACUAGAGAAUGAAAUUGGAAAAUUGGAGGAAACUGUUGCGAACUUGAAGGUGAGUUUAAUGAAUAAGGAGACUGAACUGUUAAGUUUAUCGGAGGAACAUGAGAUACUGAAGGCAGAAACCAAUAGAAGGGAAAUGAACUGGAAAAAAGGGAAUAACGAUCAGGUGGAUACUGAACUGGAGGCAGCGAUAACUGCUGAACGGGAGGCUCUCAUGAAGCUUGGCCUUAUGACGGAGGAGGCGGAUAGGAGAAAUAAGAAGGUAAUUAGGGUCACGGAGCAGCUCGACGCAGCACAAGCCGCUAAUUCUGAAAUGGAGGCGGAGUUGAGAAAGAUAAAGGUACAGUCCGAUCAGUGGAGAAAGGCUGCAGAGGCAGCGGCCGCUAUGCUUUCAGCAGGAAACAACGGAAAGUUCAUGGACCGCACAGGUUCAUUGGAUGACAACUAUAAUGCUGUUACCGGAAAGAUGGGAUCGCCUUUCAACGAAGACAUGGAUGAUGAUCUGUUAAAGAAGAAAAAUGGAAACAUGCUGAAGAAGAUUGGUGUCUUGUGGAAGAAACCACAAAAAUAGAAUAUGCGAGAUAUGAAGCGACAUCGGAAUUCAACUAAUCGAAUCAGAAACUGACAUUUUUGAAGUUCUGGCUAGUUUCCUUAUGCCCAUGAGUGUUGUUGUGGUAAUGAUCAUUUUUCUGUUGACAUGUCAAUGCUUGCAUGACUAGGUUGCGUAGAGGAGUUACGUAUGAACUCGAGGAAAUAGUGAAACCCGAUUAACCAUAUAUAUAUUUAUCUGCAUGUAAUCUAUCUAAGGAGUUGUUGAAAAUAUUACCUUUAGCUGUUAAUAUUGCUUGGUCUGCAUUUAUUACUGAAAUGAAUUCAAGCUUUCUA